ACCACCUCCAGCCUUCCCAAGAAGCAAAACAAACCAAACACCCACCAUGUUCAAAUACGCCGUCGUUGUCCUCGCCUUCGUUGCCUGUGCUGCCGCCAAGCCAGGACUCCUGGGUGCUCCUCUGGCCUACACCGCUCCUCUGGCUUACACCGCUCCCGCUGCCGUGGUUGCUGCCCCCGCUCCAGUUGUGACCGCCACCAGCAGCCAGGUGAUCGCCAGGAACUACAAUGGGAUCGCUGCCGCACCAGUGAUUGCUCCUGUGGCUGCUCCAUUGGCCGCUCCAGUGAUUGCCAAGUACGCAGCUGCUCCUCUGGCUGCUCCUCUGGCUGCUCCUGUGGUUGCCAAGUAUGCAGCUGCUCCUCUUGCCACUCCUCUGGCAGCCCCUCUGGCGGCUCCUUUGGCCUACUCCUCCCCCCUGGCUUACACUGCUCCCCUGAGCUAUGCCGCUGCUCACGCACCACUCCUCAUCUAAAUCGUUAAACUGUGAUCACCUAGUGCAAUAAAAAACGGCUUUGAAAUUGAUGCAUUCUUUAUGAAUGGAAUUUAUCUUUAUCCUUAUAAAUAAGGUAUAGUAAGUAAGGGAGACAAAGAUUUGAUUUUGAACUUUCUAUAAAAUUGUCGGUCUAGUCCUGAAGGAGUUAAUUUUUAACGAGUUAAAUAAGCUUGGGAGGCUCGAAGUGUACAUUUUUAUAUUUACAGAACAGAAUACAAUAAUCUU